GUUUUUUUAAGCAUUAGAACUUAGAAGGGUUUUUGCUUUUUAGCUUUAGUCUUUCCCUUCAAUUCCUCCCUCACAAGUUUUCUCUAUCCUACACAGUACACCUCCUCUCCUUUACCCUUUUGGCUUCCUCUCCCAUGAACUGAUAAAAUCCCACCUCUCCAGAACCUUCCAAAAACCCGCCACCUCAAAAAAUCUCAUAACGGCGGGUAUUAUUAUUAUCGUCAAAAGCCAUAGCCAUAAGCUUGGCAGAGAUUCUGACGCCAUUGCUAUGGCUUUUUCUGCUAAUACAUUCUCUUUCAAAGCUGCAUAUUUUCACUCACAUUUCUGGGUUUGUCCUCGCCAUUGCUCUUCUUCCUUUGCUGCUUCUCGUUUCUUCUGCUCAAGUACUAAUAGGGAGGAUUUGCAAAAUCAUCGCAGACAAUAUGGGUACUAUAAUGAUGAAUUGUUUAACGUCGUGGAGUUCAAACAGCCUGAGUCAAUGUUGUCGACUGAACAAUAUGAUGAAUCUACUAAAUCUAAUGGAAUGAUUAUGAGGCCAAGGAGAUCUGGAGAAUCUUUCCAACCAAUGGUAGUUAGACACCCUGACAUUUUUUAUCGGAAACAACAGACUUCGAAUGAAGAAAAGAGUAAAAUGAGCUUUAGAAAACGUACGAAAGGGCUAAAAGUAUCUCCAUCCUUAGAAGCAGCAGGACGUAACUUCGUUAGUGAGAACAUUGAUGUAAAUUCUGGGUUUGCAGACAUCUCUUCUGCUACUGCAACCGACAGUUUUGCUGCCUCUGCUGUUGAUUUAGAAGCAAAUUUUAAUCAAACUGAGAAAAUCGAUGGCUCUAGAAAAGCAAUUUGCACUAAUGGCUUAUCAUCAAGAAACUAUGUAGGCAAUAAAAGCUUGUCUGAUGAAGGGAGUGCCGUGUCCAUGAAUUCCGCCGUUCUCAGGGAGUCGACCAUGACCUUGUCUACCAAUGGCCUAUCCAUAUUGAGAGAAUUGGAUGAGUACUCGUUAUUUCUAGAAACAGAUGGUGUUGAUGAGAAGGCUGAGCAGCUUGAUACACUUGAUGAUGCACAAUUGGAUGAACAGCAAGCACUUCAGAAGAGGCUGUGCAACAUCUUUGACAAAAUUCUUGUAGUUGAUGAUGUCAUCAUGGCUAGGAAAGUUGUGCAUUUGCUUACACAAAAGUACAGGCAUCGUGUUUAUGCCUGUGAUACCGAGGUGUCCAAGAUUGAUGUGAAGCAGGAGACACCUGUAGAUCAUGGGGAGAUAAUCUGCUUCAGUAUUUAUUCAGGAGAAGAUGCGGAUUAUGGAAAUGGGAAAACUUGUAUAUGGGUAGACGUGCUAGAUGGUGGUGGCAAUGAUAUUUUGGCCGAAUUUGCUCCAUUCUUUGAAGACUCAUCAAUAAAAAAGGUGUGGCACAAUUACAGCUUUGAUUGCCAUGUUAUAGAGAACUAUGGGAUCAAACCAUCUGGUUUCUAUGCUGAUACAAUGCACAUGGCUCGUUUGUGGGAUUCUUCCAGACGAACAGAUGGUGGGUACUCCCUUGAAGCUCUAACAACCAACCCAAAUGUCAUGUCCGAGAAUAAAAUGUGUCAAGACGAAGAUCUGAUGGGAAAGACUUCAAUGAAAACCAUAUUUGGCAAGAGAAAGAUGAAAAAGGACGGCUCUUUAGGAAAGACCAUCGUUCUUCCUUCAGUUGAGGAUCUGCAAAGAGAAGAAAGGCAACCAUGGAUAUGUUAUUCUUCUUUGGAUUCCAUUAGUACGUUGAAGCUGUACAAGAGCUUGAUAUCAAAGUUAUCGAAAAUGCGAUGGAUAAUAGAUGGUAAACAUAUGGGCAAUAUGCUUGAUUUCUAUAGAAAUUAUUGGCUUCCAUUUGGUCAACUUCUCGUACAAAUGGAAACAGAAGGAAUGUUAGUUGACCGAGCAUAUCUCUCGGAGGUGGAGAAGGUGGCUAUUGCUCAACAACGAGUUGCUGCUGAUCACUUUCGAAACUGGGCUUCAAAAUACUGCCCUGAUGCUAAGUAUAUGAAUGUAGGAAGUGACGCACAAUUGAGACAACUCCUUUUUGGUGGCAUAUGCAACAGGAAGGACCAUAACGAGUUUCUCCCUACUAAAAGAAAGUUUAAAAUCCCAAACACUGAAAAUGUUAUAGAAGAAGGAAAGAAGACUGCAAAAAAGCUUCGUGAUAUUACAUUACAUAAAAUUGGCUAUAACCUACAAACUGACAUUUAUACUCCAAGUGGGUGGCCGUCUGUCAGUGGAGAUGCCUUAAAAGCUAUUGCUGGGAAGGUAUCUGCAGAAUAUGAUUUUUCAAGUGAUGCCUUUGAAAGUCGAUGGGUUGAUGAUCCACAAAACCCCGGGAAAAAAUACAUCGACAUUUCUGCUUACGGAACAGCUUAUUCUGCUUUUAAUGGAGGACAGGAAGGAAUGGAGGCCUGUCAUGCUAUUGCUGCUUUGUGUGAAGUUUGUUCUAUUGAUUCAUUAAUUUCCAACUUCAUUCUUCCUUUGCAGGGAAAUCAUGUGUCUGGCAAGAAUGGGCGCAUCCAUUGCUCGUUAAAUAUAAAUACAGAAACUGGUCGCUUGUCUGCUAGGAGACCAAAUUUACAGAAUCAACCUGCCUUAGAGAAAGAUCGGUACAAGAUUCGGCAAGCUUUUGUUGCUGCCCCAGGAAACUCACUUAUAGUUGCUGAUUAUGGACAGCUUGAACUCAGGAUUCUUGCACACCUUGCGGACUGUAAGAGUAUGAAAGAAGCAUUUGAAGCUGGUGGAGAUUUCCAUUCGAGAACAGCAAUGAAUAUGUAUGACUAUAUUCGGGAAGCAGUUGAACAAAAAGAAGUACUUCUUGAAUGGCAUCCUCAACCUGGUCAAGAAAAGCCUCCUGUUCCUCUUCUCAAGGACGCUUUUGGUUCAGAAAGAAGGAAAGCAAAAAUGCUUAAUUUUUCCAUUGCAUAUGGGAAAACUCCAAUGGGACUUGCUAAAGACUGGAAGGUUUCUGUUAACGAAGCAAAGGAAACUGUUGAUUUAUGGUAUAAAGAACGCCAGGAGGUUCUCAGAUGGCAAGAAGCACGGAAAAAAGAAGCUGCAUCAUUUGGUUGUGUUCACACCUUGUUGGGGAGAGCUCGUCGCUUCCCUUCAAUGGCCCGAGCUUCUAAGCCACAAAAGAGUCACAUUGAGCGUGCUGCUAUCAAUACACCAGUACAAGGAAGUGCUGCUGAUGUUGCCAUGUGUGCUAUGCUGGAAAUAGACAGAAACAAUCGGUUGAAAGAGCUUGGUUGGAAGUUGCUAUUGCAGGUUCACGAUGAAGUGAUAUUAGAGGGACCUUCAGAAUCGGCUGAAGCAGCAAAAGCUAAAGUAGUUGAGUGCAUGUCCAAACCCUUCAACGGGAAAAACAUUCUUUCCGUCGAGCUUGCUGUUGACGCUAAAUGUGCUCGAAACUGGUAUGCUGCGAAGUAAGAGGCCGUCUAUUUCUUCUCUUAAAUUGACCUAUGGUUCUAGAGAACCUUCGGCAGGAUUCAGGCUGAUGUCCCCAUUUUUGUUGAGAUUGCUACUACGUUGAGUCAUGCCUUUCAGAAACAUGUGAUACUUAGGGCCAUUUUGUGUGCGAGUUUGCCUGGAGGUAUUUCCUGCAAGCGCAGCACUCGGAACAUCACCGGAUGAUUUCCAUGUUUGGAUUGUGCUGCCGUGUUUGAUAUUGUACAGCAUGCUUAGAAAGCAUACACCGCGAGGAGUGUGGGGACCACGAAGCGGGCUUGAUUCUUUUUUUUUUACCGGGGUGGUGUGUUUUGAAUAUAAGAUGGUGGGAAACCUAGUUUUGCAAAUUGUUUUCACCACGGUUGCGCAAGUAGUACACGACGUUACUCCUAUGGGAUGUGCCUAAUGACUCCCUUUAAAGCGAGGUUAAAGGGGUCGGCCGGUCGGGUGCAUACAACUUAUUUUUUGUAAAAUAUUUACUUAUUCAGUUCUAUUAUACUUGCUACACUUUCUUUAUUUAAUCAUUUUAAAUUAUUUGAUACAUUACUAUUUUUGGCGAACAUAAUUAUGUAAAUGUCUAUUUUGCCUCUACCUUUUCAUAUCUUAUUAUCUUUCACACUUAUUUUCUUAAAGAUAAUAAUGAUUUUUUUAACGC